UGAGGCAUUUGCUAUGAUAAGGAGAAAAGAACGCUACUUUUAUUCAAAAACAGACUAUCAAAUGAAUCCAUGGUAGUCCUCGGCAAAAUGUGCUUGCAUGACGUGAGAAUAGUCGUCUCGGAGGGCUGCCUUCAAUUUCGGGGCCGAGAAAAUGGUUGGCCUCCGAUCUGUACAGGAGAUUUGAGAGAGACAGAAAUAUAAGGCGAGGAGAUCGUCAAGAUGGCUACUGGGACGGCUCGUCGUCAUUACCAUCGAUUCAUCGAAGCCUCAGCUGGUCAAUUGGGUCGAACUUUCACCUGCUUACAAGUUCCAUACUACAGCCAGCUUGACUGCCAUUUACCAGUAUGUAUAAGCCGCCAGAAGAAACAGGUGUGAUUGUGGUGGGCGGGAGUCUGGUAGGGCUCUCUGCUGCAGUGUUUCUGUCCUUCUACAGAGUCCCUUUCGUGGUGCUUGAACGUCAUUCUGGCAGCUCUCUCCACCCUCGUGCUAUCGGAUUCACCGCGCGAACAAUGGAGCUCUUCCGCCAAUGUGGGUUUGACGAUAAGUUCCCGGAGGUUUCGAAGUCAUUUACACUGAGGAGGGUGCGGGUCGAAAGCCUGGCGGGGAAGUGGUUUGAAGAGAUCAACUGGACGGAACGAGAUUCUCCCAAGGAAGCCCCGACGACAGCCCCUCCCAAGAUCGAAUAUUCCCCGAGACAAGGUGCCGGGAUAGCGCAGGACACAAUGGAGGAAAUCCUGCGACAGCAGGCGACAGCGUGUGGUGCUGAUCUUCGAUACAAGCACAAAGUGACCAGGGUCGCCCAGGACACCGACGGGGUUACUGUCACCGUCGCCAAGGAUGACGGGGCCGAGUAUCUCCUGCGAGGCUCCUAUAUGCUUGCCGCCGAUGGCAGUCGCAGCAGUAUCCGCGAGGGCCUAGGCAUCAAACGCAGUGGACGUGGUUCAAUUCAGGUGGCUCGAAGUGUGCUGUUCCGGGCAUCGCUGGACGAGUACCUCCAGAAAGGCGUGUCUCAGUUCAAUAUCGACCAGUCUGAUCUGAAAGCGUUUCUCACCACCUAUAGUGACGGCCGCUGGGUACUCAUCUUCAUCGAUGACAUUGAGCGAAAUGAGGACGAACUCAAAGCCGCUAUCCACCAGGCUGUCGGUCGGAUGGAUAUCGACAUCGAAUUGAUCACCACGGGCCGCUGGGAGAUGACCGCCCUGGUGGCCAACCAGUUCCAGGCUGACCGCAUCUUCCUUGCCGGAGAUGCUGCUCACGCUCUGCCUCCGAACCGUGGAGGCUACGGCGCCAACACCGGCAUUGCAGACGUCCACAAUCUGGCCUGGAAGCUCAAGGCAGUCCUCUCUGGCCAGUCGAAACCGGAACUCCUCGAGACUUAUGACGACGAGCGACGGCCUGUUGCGUUGCUGCGUCACGACCAGAUCUUUGUCCGGUCAGAUUACAAAGCCCAUCUGGUUUCCCCGAGUGGAGAGACAGACGUUAUCGAUGAUGACGCGAUGGAGUUUGGCCAGCUGUAUCGAUCCCAGUCCAUCCUGGGUGCCGGCAAAGACCUCCCCAAGGCUCGGCGCCCGGAUGAGUGGGCAGGGCAGCCAGGUAGCCGGGCGCCUCAUUUCUGGGUUCGACAACAGGGCAAGACGAUCUCGACCUUGGAUCUGUUCGAGGACAAAUGGUCACUUCUCUUCCAGAACGAAGAAUGGAAGCAUGCCGCCCUGCAGCUGAAUGCAAGCUUCCCGAUUACAAUCCGGCAGGUACAAAUGGGUAUCGACGUCGGACUGUCGGAGUCGGAUACCUUCACGAAAGCGUUCGGUAUUUCUUCAUCUGGGGCCUCGCUGGUUCGUCCUGACGGUUACAUUGCCUGGCGGUCUGUGGAUCUUCCUUCAACGCCAGGAGAUGUUUUGAGGGACGCAUUGGCACAUGCUGCAUUUUUAGUCUAGGCACUUGAUAAUAUCCUUUUGUUGGCAUAAAAAUUCACUCGUUACGUCAAAUUUUUCUAAUAAUCAACUAUUGAAAUAACAUAACUUGACCCAAGACGUUAGUAGUGAUAGUAUGUAAAUAGCAGUGUCUCUGGCUUUAGGGGGGGGCUUCA